CUGUCUGUCUGUCUGUCUGUCUGUCCCCAGCACAUUGACAAGGUGUUCUGCUCUGUCCUGUCUGUCUGUUCCCAGCACAUUGACAAGGUGUUCUGCUCUGUCCUGUCUGUCUGUUCCCAGCACAUUGACAUGGUGUUCUGCUCUAUCCUGUCUGUCUGUCCCAGCACAUUGACAAGGUGUUCUGUCUGUCUGUUCCCAGCACAUUGACAAGGUGUUCUGUCUGUCUGUUCCCAGCACAUUGACAAGGUGUUCUGCUCUGUCCUGUCUGUCUGUUCCCAGCACAUUGACAAGGUGUCCUGUCUGUCUAUCCCCAGCACAUUGACAAGGUGUCCUGUCUGUCUGUUCCCAGCACAUUGACAAGGUGUCCUGUCUGUCUGUUCCCAGCACAUUGACAAGGUGUCCUGUCUGUCUGUUCCCAGCACAUUGACAAGGUGUCCUGUCUGUCUGUUCCCAGCACAUUGACAAGGUGUCCUGUCUGUCUGUUCCCAGCACAUUGACAAGGUGUCCUGUCUGUCUGUUCCCAGCACAUUGACAAGGUGUCCUGUCUGUUCCCAGCACAUUGACAAGGUGUCCUGUCUGUCUGUUCCCAGCACAUUGACAAGGUGUCCUGUCUGUCUGUUCCCAGCACAUUGACAAGGUGUCCUGUCUGUCUGUUCCCAGCACAUUGACAAGGUGUCCUGUCUGUCUGUUCCCAGCACAUUGACAAGGUGUUCAAGCACAAGGAGAAGCAGCAGCAGUUGGUGGAUGCCAAGCUCCAGAGGACAGCUGAGCUGAUGAGAGAGUUGGAGGGGAAGCAGCAGAGAGAGAGAGACUUUCUCCUGAAAGACGCCACCGAGUGGAGACAUGAGUGUGAGCUGUUGAAGGAACAGGAGACUCAGCUCAAACAGCAGCUCUCUUUGUACAUGGACAAGUUUGAGGAGUUUCAGACCACUCUGGCGAAAAGCAACGAGGUGUUCACUACCUUCAGACAGGAGAUGGAGAAGAUGACUAAGAAGAUCAAGAAGCUGGAGAAGGAGACGACUCUGUGGAGAACGAAGUGGGAGACCAACAACCAGGCUCUGCUACAGAUGGCUGAGGAGAAGACACUGCGGGACAACCAUUACAAGGGCCUGCAUGGGAAGCUGGAGUGCCUGGAGAAACUGUGCCGGGCUUUGCAGAAGGAGAGGGACGACCUCACCACCAAACUGGGAGACCUACAGUCAACAACCGAGGAGGAGGAGGGGACGGGACCUCCAGACCCCCAGCCCAGCCAGGAGUCUACCCAGGAUGAGAUGUCUCCGCCUGGGAGGGGGGAAGAGACACAGCCCCCUACUACCCCUGAACUGGAGCUAGAGUCCUCCACCACAGAGCAACUUGACAACUGAGCCACUAACCCCCGCUGCCUUUUUGGGGGUAUAUUUGAAUACAGUAUAUCUUUUUUUGUGUGUUUAAAGUUAUAAUUAAGAUUAAAAUGACUGCAUUAUUAACAAUGAAUAUAAUACUUUUUGCCCUGACUGUACAUUGUAAAAAUGGGCUUUGUGGUGAGCACUAGGCUCCCCAUUUUUCUACCACAUUUGUAUUUUCUUAGAUUGUCUUCAUGCUGUUGGUCAGUCACAGGGCUGUUGUUCAGUCACAGGGCUGUUGUUCAGCAACUUUCUCGUGGUCAGUCACAGGGCUGUUGUUCAGUCACAGGGCUGUUGUUCAGCAGCUUUCUCGUGGUCAGUCACAGGACUCUUGUUCAGCAGCUUUCUCGUGGUCAGUCCCAGGGCUGUUGUUCAGCAGCUUUCUCGUGGUCAGUCACAGGGCUGUUGUUCAGCAGCUUUCUCGUGGUCAGUCACAGGGCUGUUGUUCAGUCACAGGGCUGUUGUUCAGUCACAGGGCUGUUGUUCAGCAGCUUUCUCGUGGUCAGUCACAGAGCUGUUGUUCAGCAGCUUUCUCGUGGUCAGUCACAGGGCUGUUGUUCAGCAGCUUUCUCGUGGUCAGUCACAGGGCUGUUGUUCAGUCACAGAGCUGUUGUUCAGCAACUUUCUCGUGGUCAGUCACAGGGCUGUUGUUCAGCAGCUUUCUCGUGGUCAGUCACAGGGCUGUUGUUCAGUCACAGGGCUGUUGUUCAGCAGCUUUCUCGUGGUCAGUCACAGGGCUGUUGGUCAGCAGCUUUCUCGUGGUCAGUCACAGGGCUGUUGUUCAGCAGCUUUCCAGUUGGACUAAAAUUAUACUUUGUCUUUCUCCCAUUUCCCAAUUUCCUCUACAGUCUGACAGCAUCUCUUUUGCAGCUUUCUUCCAUUGAAAAAUCUAUAUUUUGGAGUUGUAGUCAGAUCAAAUCUCUUUUGAACUGAUAUUGUAGUGGGAUUUUAAAUUCUGUCAUAUGCAUAUUGAAGUAGCCU